GAGCGCCCACCUCGCCGCCUAAACCUGCCUGCCCGGCGCGCCCGUGGGCGCAGCGGCCUCGCGAGACCUCCGCCCCACGAGCGCGCGCGGGUGCGCGGCGGCCGCGGCGUUUCCGAGCGCCGCCAACUGUCGCCGGCUCAGUCGGCUCCCGGAGCCCAGGAGCCACGCCAUGCCCCGCCUACUGCUGCUGCUGGCUGGGCUCCUUGGCUUGCUGGCUUCAGGACCCGGUUCUCAAAAUUCAUUUCUACAAAUUGUAGUUCCAGAGAAAAUCCAAGCAAAUACAAGUCAUAAUUCAGAAGCAGAAAAUGAACAGAUAUCCUAUACUAUUACAAUAGAUGAGAAGCCAUACACUGUACAUCUUAAGCAAAGGUAUUUUUUAGCACAUAAUUUUAUGGUUUAUUUGUAUAACCAAGGAUCUGUGAAUUCUCAUCCUUCAGAUAUUCAGGCUCAGUGCUACUACCAGGGGCAUAUUGAAGGACAUCUGAAUUCUGUUGUCACACUCAGCACAUGCUCUGGAUUGAGAGGAAUACUGCAAUUUGAAAAUGUUUCUUAUGGAAUCGAGCCUCUGGAAUCUGCAGUUGAAUUUCAACAUCUUCUUUAUAAAUUAAAGAGCGGAAAUAGUGAAUUUGAAGAUCUUAGUGAAGAUAACCAAGGCACAGAACAAAACCCAGGGGACUAUAACAUUUUUGUAAGUGAAAAGUUGGAAUCAGCUGUUCCAGAUUUAAUUCCUCUUUAUGUGGAAAUGCAUAUCGUGGUGGAUAAAGCUUUGUAUGAUUACUUGGGCUCUGAUAGCAUGAUAGUAACAAAUAAAGUCAUUGAAAUUAUUGGCCUUGUAAAUUCGAUGUUUGCCCAGUUUAAAGUUACUGUUGUGCUGUCAUCAUUGGAGUUGUGGUCAGAUAAAAAUAAGAUUUCUACAGUUGGUGAGGCAGAUGAAGUAUUGCGUAGUUUUUUAAAAUGGAAAAAGUUCUAUCUAACUCUAAGGCCUCAUGAUAUUGCAUAUUUAUUCAUCUAUAGAGGUCAUCCAGAUUAUGUAGGAGCAACAAUUCCUGGAAAGAUGUGUGUUACUCAUUAUUCGGCUGGAAUUGCUUUGUACCCCAAGGAGAUAACUUUGGAGGCAUUUUCCAUUAUUGUUGCGCAGAUGCUCGGACUAAGUCUGGGAAUGUCAUAUGAUGACACAAAGAAAUGUCACUGUUCAGGAGCAAUUUGCAUAAUGAAUCCAGAAGCUAUGAGAUCAAGUGGUGUGAAGACGUUUAGCAGUUGCAGUUUGAGUGCCUUUGAAAAUUUCAUUUCAAAUAUGGGUGCCAGAUGUCUUCAGAACAAGCCACGAAUGCGAAAAAGUGCGGUAGCACUCUGCGGCAACGGCAGAGUAGAGAUAGGUGAAGCGUGUGACUGUGGUACUGAGGAACAAUGUGGACCUGCUAGCUGUUGUAAUCCUCACACUUGUAUGCUGAAACCAGGAUCACAGUGUGCUGAAGGAUUGUGCUGCAAGAACUGUCAGAUUGAAAAACGAGGUGUUCAAUGUAGGGAAGCAAGACAUCGUGAAUGUGAUAUUGCUGAAUUUUGUGAUGGAGGGUCACCAGAAUGUCCAUAUGAUGUAACUAUAAAGAAUGGACGUCUAUGUAGAAACAAAUAUCUGUGUUAUGAUGGAGGCUGCCAGGAUACAAAUGCACGUUGUGAGAUCACAUUUGGAAAAGGUUCAGAAAAUGCACCAUUUGCCUGCUAUGAAGAAAUACACUCUCAAGCUGAUAGGUUUGGGAACUGUGGUAGAAAAAGAGGUGAAUAUCAAUUCUGUGAAUUGAGAAAUCUUCAAUGUGGAAGAUUGGUUUGUACUUACCCUACUCGAAUUCCUUUUUUCAAAGAAAGUGGUGCUGUGAUUUAUGCUUUUGUUGAAAAUAAGUUAUGUGUAACCCUAGACUACCUGUCAGCUCAAUCAAAACAAGAUUCAAUGAGAAUCUCCAGCGGCUCUUUUUGUGAUACAGGAAGGAUAUGUAUAAAUCAUGAAUGUGUAGAUGCAACUGAGGUUAUAAGUGCAGCAGUCUUUUGUUCAGAGAAGUGUGGAGGACAUGGAGUAUGCAAUUCCAAUGAAACGUGCUAUUGCUUUGAGGGCUACCAGCCUCCAUUUUGUGAAAGGCGUGGCAGAGAAGUUUCUAGUUUGUCUGGGAAGCAGGAGGGUUUAACCAUGGGAAGAGCUCUUAGAAAGGCUGAAAAGAACCGGUGGCUUCUAGCUCAGAAGGCAGCUCUCACACAUUUGCUAGCAGAUCCGGAUCAGAAAGCAGCCAAACAGAUACAGUCAGGUCAGAAAGUAGUGCUCAAACAUCUACCAGCAGUAACUAAUAAUUCCUUCAGAGGACAAUGGAUAUUACAGAGUGUCUCACUGAAAUGAAAAUUCCACCUUUCCUCCCUUGGUCACAGUCAAAGGAAACAAUAAACUGCAUGUGGAACUAUUUGCAUGUGCAUCUGUAUUUCUUUCUUCCUCUACCCCUGAGGCUUCAGUUCUGUCAUAACAGGUUACUUAACUGAAGAUACAUCAACUCAAGCAUCCCCAUCCCAACCACACUCGCUGAGCUUUUUUUCCCAGCUCUCCUACCACCCACUGCUGCUUUCCUGCCUGGGGCCCCAGGUGCUGGAAAUCUGCAUCAACUUUUACUCAGGAAGAGCUCAUGCGUGGUAGGUAGUCCAUGGUCUUCCUCCUGGUAUUUCUUACCAGACUUGACUGGGGCGUACAGAUCUCAGUUAAUCCGAUAUAUUCCCACCUUACUCACCCAACAACCCCAGUCUAGGCUUCUGAAGGAAGCUGUGUUCACUUUGAGAACUGUACUUUACCGUCCAGGAUU